AUGGAUCAGACAGAAAAUUUGACAACUUCAAAUCCUGUGCAGAAUGCUCCGAUCUUCAACGGCGAGGCUUACCAGAUCUGGGCAGUGAGAAUGCGUGUGUUCCUCGAAGGUGCUGAUCUUUGGGAAGCGGUGGAAGAAGAGUAUGAAAUCCCUGCUUUGCCAGCGAAUCCGACUGUCAACCAAUUGAGGAACAAUAGAGAGAGGGUCACGAAAAAGUCCAAGGCGAAGUCCUGUAUCUUUGCUGCGGUCACACCAUCAAUUCUGAUCAAGAUUAUGAAUCUCGUAUCUGCUAAGGCGAUGUGGGAUUUUCUCAAAACCGAGUAUGAAGGAGAUGAAAAGAUAAGAGAUAUGAAAGUUUUAAACUUGUGGCGAGAGUUUAAAAGGCAAAUGAUGAAAGGAGAUGAGUCGGUGAAAGAUUAUGUUAACAGACUUGUUAACAUAAUCGACAAUAUCAGGAUUCUGGGAACUAAGGUUGAUGAUGACAAGAUAGUACAGAAGAUUUUGGUUUCUGUUCCCGAAAAGUUCGAAGCUACCGUUGCAUCUCUGGAGAAUACAAAACAAUUAUCGCAGAUCAAACUUACAGAAGUUAUAAGCGCUCUUCAAGCACAAGAGCAAAGGAGGCUAAUGCGAAAAGGAGAAAAUGUUGAAGGAGCCUUAAAAGCUACGGUUUUUCAGAAGACAAAGAACGGUAACAAUUCCGGUAAAUCAGGAAAUUCAACAACAGAAGGCGGUGGGAGCGAGGGUUUUUCGGAUCCUUGCAAACACUGUAAUAAGAAGGGUCAUCUAUAUUGGCGAUGUUGGAAAAGACCUGAUGUUAAAUGCAGGAAAUGUGGUAGAAUGGGACAUGUUGAGAGAAUUUGCAGGGAAAAAAACGUUGAAGAUGUUGAAGCACAAAAGGCUGAAGCAAAUGAAGUGGAAGAACUUUUUAAAAAUAAAAAAGUUCCAAGUGAUGAUUGA